AUGGUGGACCAGAAAAAUAUUGUACGCAUCCGCGGCUCAAUCCAACAGUAUGAGUGGGGCAAACCAGGCUCUUCGUCCCUUGCCGCAAAGUUCGCGGCAGAAUCAGUGGGAAGUGACCAGUACAUUGACGAGAACCAGACAUACGCGGAGCUAUGGAUGGGCACGCAUACCAACGGGCCAGCCGUUCUGUUCGACUCGCCUGACCAGACCCUGCAUUCCCUCGUAUCAUCCGACCCGAAGCACUGUCUCGGCGCGGAUCUCAUCGCCAAAUGGCCGGAAACGAACGACAUACCCUUCCUGUUCAAGAUUCUAUCCAUUCACAAGGCCCUCCCACUCCAAGCACACCCAGACAAAUCGUUGGGAGCGCAGUUGAACAAGGCCGAUCCGUCGCAGUUCGUCGACGCCAACCACAAGCCCGAAAUCGCCGUGUCCCUAGGCGGCAAAGUGGACUCGUUCGGACGUGGGGACGACGUUGCGUUCACCGGGUUUUGUGGGUUCCGGCCCAUUCAGGAAAUUGCAAAGACGUGGAAAGCCAUCCCGGAGCUCGCAAUGCUGGUCGGCGACGCGUCGAUCGCGAUGGAAUGGGAGCAGAAACCGAGUCAGGAGACUCUCAAACGUGUCUUUGCUGCGCUCCUGUUGAACGGGCAGCAAAAUUACGCCGACGUCGCGCGACACGUCCAGACUCUGGCGGGGCGUAUCGAGUCCGGAGAGCUGACAUUCGGCUCCGGAGCAGCGGCAGAUACCCAGGCUAAGCUAUUCAUCAAGCUCAACACACAAUAUCCUGGGGACAUCGGCGUCGUCGUUGCCACGCUCUUCAUGAAUCUCGUCACCUUGAAAAAGGGAGAAGCGAUUUAUAUCGGGGCCGAUGAGGUACACGCGUACCUCGAAGGCGACAUCAUCGAGUGCAUGGCCAUCUCGGACAACGUCGUCAAUGCUGCCUUCUGCCCGCCGGAAGGGCGCGACGUCUCUACAUUCCAGUCGAUGCUUACCUACACCUCGCGCCCUGCAUCGCACUGGGCGCUGCCGAGGAAGCCCAGCCAGCUCUCGGGCAAGGGUCGCACCAGCGCGUUUUGUCCUCCGCUCGAGGAGUUUGACGUGCUAUGGACCGAGCUUUCUGGUGGAGUGAAGGAUGAGUUUCUCAAGCCCUCCAAGGGGCCAACUAUCGGCAUCGUCUUGAAAGGAACGGUGAAAUUCACCACGAAAGGAGAAAGCUUGACACUGCCCGAGGGCGGGAUUGCGUUCAUUGCCGCGAACAGCGAGGUGCAUGUGGAAUUGCUCAAAGGAGAACAGGCGGACGUGUGGUGGUCCACUUACUCCGGUUGAAUCUGAUAUAUGUACGAUUAAUGUAGCAUUAACAAGAUAGCGAUCGUACUGUAAUU